CCUUUCCACAGGAAACAGACAAGAUUCCUGGAGAGGAAACUCACUUAACCGAAACAGGAACUCCCGCUCAGUUUUCCCAGGAGUCUCCAUUUCGGCAGCGCCUCGCCUCGUUACUGUCGCGCCUUUUCAUUGGCCGAGUUGACGCACGACAGCGCCUGCGCACUGCAUCCCUUUGAGGGUCGUGGGUAGACGCCAUUUUGGCCCCAGCGGUGCCUCUCGGAAGUAGAGCCUUGACCUGCAGGCCUGGGGACCUCUCAGUACGGCCUUUUCUGCGCGGGCUCCCGGGUCGAAGCUUUCAGCCCUGCAGCCGCCGUUUUUUUUAUUCUCCGUUUUCUCCGAUCUCUCCGAUUAGGCGGGAGCCUCGGGGCACUGCGCCGCGCCAUCGGAGGUCACACCACCUGAAGGGAGGUGACGGGGGCGGCGCGGGGCGCGGACACUCCCCGCGGAGAGCCCGCCUGCGAUGGACUCUGAAUACUACAGUGGCGAUCAGUCAGAUGAUGGUGGUGCUACCCCAGUACAGGAUGAACGGGAUUCAGGGUCAGAUGGUGAGGAUGAUAUCAAUGAGCAGCAUUCCGGAUCUGACACUGGAAGCCUUGAACGGCAUUCAGAGAAUGAACGUAGUGAUCCAGAAGAUGGCCUCACUAAGAGACAUCACAUGACAGACUCUGAGAAUGACGAGCCCUCAAAUCUUAAUGCUAGUGACUCUGAAAGUGAGGAGCUUCACAGGCCCAAGGACAGUGAUUCUGACUCUGAGGAGCGCGCAGAGCCUCCUGUGAGUGAUUCUGACAAUGAAGAUGCCAAUCAGCACCGGAGUGACUCAGAGAGUGAGGAGACCCAGAAAUUACCUGGGAGUGACUCUGAACAUGAGCUGCUUAACGGGCAUGCAAGCGACUCUGAAAACGAAGAGGUUCAGAAGCAUCCUGCCAGUGACUCGGAGAUGGAAGAGCUCCAGAAGAGUCCCACCAGUGGCUCUGAGGCUGAGGCUUUAAAACCUCAAGGCACUGACUCUGAGAGUGAGGAGCCCCCACAGCACCAGGCCAGCGACUCGGAAAAUGAGGAGGCCCCCAAGCCACAAAUGAGUGAUUCAGAAAGUGAGGACCCUCCAAGGCACCAGGCCAGCGACUCAGAAAAUGAGGAGCUUCCCAAACCCCGGAUCAGUGACUCAGAAAGUGAGGACCCUCCAAGGCACCAGGCCAGUGACUCAGAAAAUGAGGAGCUCCCUAAGCCCCGAGUUAGUGACUCUGAAAGUGAAGACCCCCCAAGGCACCAGGCCAGUGACUCGGAGAAUGAGGAGCUCCCCAAGUCCCAAAUUAGUGACUCGGAAAGUGAGGACCCCCCAAGGCACCAGGCCAGUGACUCGGAAAAUGAGGAGCUCCCCAAACCCCAAGUCAGCGACUCUGAGAAUGAGGAGCCUCAGAAGGGACCUGCUAGUGACUCUGAGGCUGAGGACACUGCCACCCUCAGACAGAAGCCACAGUCAGAUGAGGACAGUGACGGAGAGAAUAAGGGAGCAGAUCCAGAGCUUCAGAAUGACUCCUACUCAGAUAUCCAUACAGCCAAAAACAAGUUCCACAGUUCUGACAGCGAGGACGAAGUACCCAAAAGGCAGAAAAUAGACAGUGAUGAAGAUGAAGAAAAAGAAGGCGAGGAAGAAAGAGUAGCAAAGCGGAAAGCCGCUGUGCUUUCUGAUAGUGAAGAUGAAGAAAGAUCCUCAGCAAAAAAGAGUCGUGUUGUCUCUGAUGCCGAUGACUCUGAUAGUGAUGUGGUAUCAGACAAGUCAAGCAAAAGAGAGAAGACUGUAGUGUCAGACAGCGAAGAAGAAGCAGGCAAAGAAUUGUCUGAUAAAAAGAACGAAGAGAAGGAUCUGUUUGGAAGUGAUAGUGAGUCGGGCAAUGAAGAAGAAAAUCUUAUUGCAGACAUAUUUGGAGAAUCUGGUGAUGAAGAAGAAGAAGAAUUUACAGGUUUUAAUCAAGAAGAUUUGGAAGAAGAAAAAGGUGAAACACAGGUGAAAGAAGCAGAAGAUUCAGAUUCUGAUGAUAACAUCAAGAGAGGCAAGCAUAUGGACUUCCUGUCGGAUUUUGAGAUGAUGUUGCAGCGGAAAAAAAGCAUGAGUGGCAAGCGAAGACGUAAUCGUGACGGUGGCACCUUUAUUAGUGACGCUGAUGAUGUCGUCAGCGCCAUGAUUGUCAAGAUGAACGAAGCUGCCGAGGAAGACAGACAGUUGAACAAUCAAAAAAAACCAGCUCUGAAAAAAUUAACUUUAUUGCCUACUGUGGUUAUGCAUCUUAAGAAGCAGGACCUUAAAGAAACAUUCAUUGACAGUGGUGUGAUGUCUGCCAUCAAAGAGUGGCUCUCACCUCUACCAGAUAGGAGUUUGCCAGCGCUUAAGAUUCGGGAGGAGCUGUUGAAGAUUCUGCAAGAGCUACCUAGUGUGAGCCAGGAGACCCUGAAACAUAGUGGGAUUGGACGAGCAGUGAUGUAUCUCUAUAAACACCCCAAGGAAUCCAGGUCCAACAAGGACAUGGCAGGGAAAUUAAUCAAUGAAUGGUCUCGGCCUAUAUUUGGUCUUACUUCAAACUAUAAAGGAAUGACGAGAGAAGAGAGGGAGCAGAGAGACCUGGAACAAAUGCCCCAGCGACGACGACUGAGCAGCACUGGUGGUCAGACACCCCGAAGAGACCUGGAAAAAGUGCUAACAGGAGAGGAAAAGGCUCUUAGACCUGGAGACCCUGGAUUCUGUGCCCGAGCGAGAGUCCCGAUGCCUUCAAACAAGGACUACGUUGUCAGGCCCAAGUGGAAUGUGGAAAUGGAAUCAUCCCGGUUUCAGGCAACCUCCAAGAAAGGUAUCAGUCGACUGGAUAAGCAGAUGAGGAAAUUCACAGAUAUCAGGAAAAAAAGCAGAUCUGCACACGCAGUAAAAAUCAGCAUCGAAGGCAAUAAAAUGCCCUUGUGACCCUGCCUGGGAUAUGUCCCCAUCUCUGCUCUGAGAAAUGCACAAUGGACUCUUUAGAGAAAGAAGAUA